GCCUGGGUCACGUUUGCACACUCGGCGUCUCGCUCCGGCUUGCAAGGGGAAGCGGGAGGCCCUGGCAGACUUUUGCACGGCGUUUUCCACGCUUGACGGGCUCCCCUCCCCUCCCCCGCUUUGCAAAGGGCAGCAGAAGCCAUUUGCACGGUUGCACCCUCCCUCCCGCCCUCCCCCCUUUUAGGGCCGGCCAAGGGAAGCAGGAAGGGAGGGGCGGCCGCCUUCCCCGAGUCCCGCGGGGCCGCGCGCAGCAUCCGGCCGGUCGCCUGGCAGCCGAGCCGGCGUCCGUCUCCCGGGCUGGUGCUGGGGGGGGAGAGAGACGCCCGCGGGCGCAGCCUUGCAGAGCCGGGGGAGCGAGCCGGCUUUGGGGUUCCGUCCUCCCUCCCUCCCUCCCGGGACCCCCGCCGUCUCUCUUGAGCCGCUCGGCGGUCUUGCAUGGCCAAGGCGGGGGGUCCCCAGGGGGAGCCCCCCAACGCCGGGCUGGACCAGGACAAGUACGACGCGGAGGAGAACGUGAAGAUCAUCUGCCUGGGCGACAGCGCCGUCGGCAAGUCCAAAUUGAUGGAACGCUUCCUCAUGGAGGGAUUCAAACCACAGCAGCUCUCGACCUUUGCCCUGACCCUGUACAAGCACACAGCCACCGUGGACGGCAAGACAGUCCUUGUGGACUUCUGGGACACUGCCGGCCAGGAGCGUUUCCAGAGCAUGCACGCCUCCUACUAUCACAAGGCCCAUGCUUGCAUCAUGGUCUUUGAUGUCCAGAGGAAGGUCACCUACAAGAACCUGACCAACUGGUAUAAGGAGCUGCGUGAAUUCCGGCCUCAAAUCCCUUGUAUCGUAGUGGCCAACAAAAUUGAUGCCGACCUGAAGGCCACACAGAAAAGUUUCAGCUUUCCCAAGAAGCUCAACCUGCCUCUCUACUUCGUGUCUGCAGCAGACGGCACCAACGUUGUGAAGCUCUUCAGUGAUGCCAUCAAGUUGGCCGUGGCCUACAAGCAGAACUCAGGGGACUUUAUGGACGAAGUCCUGAAGGAGCUGGAGAAUUUUGAGCUGGAGGCGAAGGAGGAGGACUCCCCCGCAGAGGAGGCCAGUCAAGGGGAGCCUUCCCCGGUCCACCUGAGCCCCGGAAACGAGUAACCGUGGGCCGCCCGCACCUGCACGGAGACCGUGAGCAGCCCUCCCUGCUCAGCGGAGGCCGCCAGGGACCUCCGAGAAGGCCAGCAGAUGGAGGUCAGCUCUGCUGCCGUGGGAAGAGGCGGUGGGAGGACCAGGCUUCCUAGCCCAGAAAGGAGGGGCUGCCGGCUCUGGUAGAGACCUCGAGGCUUAUCAAUGCCCCCGUUUCACUUCUAGAAGGAUCCUUAGUCUAUGUUGUUAUUGUUUGCAAAGAUUCCACCUGGAGAAAUAAAUUUUGGAAGUCUGGAAA